CUGGUCGCUGUCUUAACUCAACGAAAGCUUCGUUAAAUAUUGAAAUAGCGCAGAGGCAGAAAGGCUCUUUCACUCACUCUCUCUCGCAGCCACCGCCACCGCCACUGCCACUGCCGACUGCAACUGCGACGCCGACGUUAGCAUCCUUUCUACUUAUUAAUUUUGAUGUUGCUUUUCACUUUUACUUUGUGGGGAACGUGCUGUUUGAAACUUUUGCCUGGUGGGCCAGUGUUGGCAAAUAGAGGCAGACCAGGCUUUAAUUGGGAAAUUCUCGCUUGAUUGGCAUGUUCGAAAAAGGCACAUCCUUUAAUCCCACAGUGAAACCCCCUUAACCAACCACCCACCCCCUUUUAAUUCACUUCCCUUUAUCCUUUAUGUUUUCUUGUUGUUUUUUUUUUUUUGGCUGCAUUAUUGAUGUCGCUAACUCGGCACGUUCGUUGUCCUUUCCGCCUAGCAAAUUAUAACAUUAAUAUUACAUUAACACACACGUACACUCACACUCACACACACACAUAUGCAUUGGGGAGACAUUAAAACUUUCGCACACACAGCAGCAGCACAUGUAACGAAGGGCCAAAAACAACAGGACCAGAGCCACCCCAAUAAAAGAAAAACAACAACGAACAUAAUAAGAGAGGAUGUGUGUGUGUGUGUGUGCGGGUGUGUGUGUGUGGCACACAUUCCAACAGUUGCAGCGACGUCGCUGCCAGCUGCGCAGUUGGCGUCGCAGCAUCCCUCUGCAUUUGAGCGACUCAAAACGAAUUUCGAAGUCGACGUCGACGGUUGUGUCGCUUUUUUCUUGCUUCAAAUAAAAUACUCAACUAAACAAAAUAAAGCGUUUAACUAAAAUUUAAAAUAAAAAAAUCAAAAUAAUAAAAGCGAAAUAGAAAAAAUAAAGAGAAUUCCUAAGAAAAGCCAUUGGCAAAGAAGCGGAAAAGGUGUAGCAUACUUUUGUGCCGUGGUGGAAAAAACGCCCACGAGGCAGACGAAAAUGAAUUAAUCAAGUCAAAUUCAAAUUAUAAACAUAAACCAACCAAGAAACGACAUUUAAGUAAAUUAAGUUUUGUAGGUAUUUUGGCCACACGAAAAUACACAGCUCCAUCAUCCUGCUCGUUUUCGUGGCGAAAAAAGGAAAAUCUCAAUAUUUCCAGCCCAAAAUCAUACCGAAAAUUCCUCUAAAAUAUAUAAAAUAAAGUGAAAAGUGAUCUUUUAAUAAUUAACGAAAUUGGUUUCUGAAAUACCCCAAAAAAAGCAGGCCAAAACGAACUCUUUUUCGGUGGGCCGCGAAAGGCGUUGCCAAAUCAAAAGGCCACAGGAUAAAACAACAAAUCUUUAACUAAAAUCGAAAACUAAAUCCUAAAUCGCAGGCGAGAAGAAAACUAUAACCAACUAAAAGAUAAAAUCCAUUUAAUAUAUACAAAAAUUAAUCAUACGCACCGUUUAAAAAGCACCAAAUGAAAAACUGACUAAAAGGGAAAACCACAAGGAAAACGCAAAGCAAAAAUAAAGGACAAACAAAGGAAUAAGACUCUCCAGAGAAGGAGCAAAGGCAGCAGCAUCAGCAAAGAACAUUCAGCUGCAUAAAUAAUACACUCGACACACGCAUACGUAUACGCCAUAUAGGCCAGGACAUACCAGCAGGAUUCCACACAAACACACACUCACACAUAUAUAGACGAACGGGCAGGACGUGCUCCUGUUCUAUUAUUUAACUGCUUUCAACGUCAGCACCACGUUCAACCCGACGAAAGUCGAUUGAAAGCCGCCUUCAACGGCAUCCCAGCAUCCCUCUCUCACUAAAAAAAAAAGGAAAAAAGAGAGAGCAUAUCCUUUGUGUGACUGUGUGUGUGUUGGACAGCAGGAGCGACGUCCACGUCAAUCCGCUCAAUAUUUAUACAUUGAACCGAGUCUCCUGGUCCACGAGUCUCGCGGCCCUCACAACGCAGACGCUCCUGGUCCUCCGCUUGGGCCCAAAAUAAAUAACAUCUGACAGCUGCCCUGAGUCCUGAAUCCUGAAUCCUUAAAAGCACUUAACGGGCAAAGGGGAAACAGAAGCGGAAAGAUACAAUUUCCAUAGGAAAACAUCAACCAAACUGAACGCGAUCUUAAAACACAAACAAAACAAUGGGCGCCAAAGAAAGUGUCGAGGCAGCCGCCAAAAUGAACGCCGAUGGUUGGGGCCAUGUGGAGCGAUCGAGUCGCUACCACAACCAUCGGCACAACCAGCGCUCACAGUCGCUGAAUCGCGGACAGGCGCUCUCGCAGGCGGACGUGAGCGGCAUGUGGUGA